AACAAACACAAAACUCUGCUUUCCUCCAUUCAGAUAUUCUGUUUGAAUUUCGUCUGCAAUCCAAUCCACAAAUCCGAUUUUCUCUAUCUUUAGCCGCAAAAUCUCCAAUUUGGUAACUCAAGAUCAUCCCUUUUUUCCUCUGUGCGGUAAGGUUGGUGAUGAUGGCUUAUCUACAUCAUAACCCUUCAACAAUUUUUUCUCUGACUCUGAUUCUUCAGAAGAGCCAAAACCCAUCGCAGGCUUUGUGUUUUCUCUUCUAGUUCCUCUUUCAUUCUGUAGAAUUCGAUUUUCCAAUCAAUUUUUUCGUGUGUCUCUCCAUACCCAUUUUCUCCAAUUGUUUUUGAAGGGUUUUCAGUUCAUAUUUCAUGUGCUUUAAGUUUUGUAUGAUUUGUUUCAUCUGGGUUUAGAUAAAGACGGCCCCUUUAUUCCUAGAAUUUAAGUUUAUUUUCUAAAUUCUGGGUCAUUGGUCUUGUCAGAUAAUGGUGGGAUUUCGGUCGUUUUCCUAGUGUUUACUUUUCUUUUUGUUUGUUUUUCUCUCUUGGUCAAUUUUAUAUUUUUUUUCCAGGUUUUAUAAAAGACAACAAGUAUUCUCGACAUUAUUAUUGGUGUGUGUUUUUUAGUAUCCUAAAAAAGCUUUGGAUUAUUAGUUCAAUCUUAGAGGGAAUUUAGAAUUGUAAUUGAAGUUGGAAUAGCUCAGGGGUUGGUGAAAUUGGGUUUAGAUUCCAUCAUAUUUUUUCCUGUUUUAUUUGAAUUUUUAUCUGUUUUUUAGGUAGAUUAUAAACUCUGAAUUGCUAGUUGAAAUUGAAUAAUUGAUAUUAUAUAGGUUCGAUGCAAACAAAUAGAUAGGAUUCUGUCUAUAUAUUUUCUGUUUCUUGAAUCCUAUUUUGGGUCGAAGGUAUUCUUUCAUAUUUGGUGUUUCCAGUACUUAAGUUGUUAUUCCAUCUCGGUUUUUAAGUAUGGAUGUGAAAACUGGUGAUGAAGGUGAUGUUAAGUCACCCAAGAAAUUAGAUAACCAGGUAGAGGGUGCGAAUUCAAAGAUCAAGGGUACAGGAAGUGUUAGUGGUAAAGAUAUGAUUUUUAGAGCUGAUAAGAUUGAUUUGAAAAGCUUAGAUAUGCAGCUGGAGAAGCACCUGAGUAGGGUUUGGUCUAGAAACAUUGAUAAUCAAAGCCAAAGGCCUACAGAGGAGUGGGAGAUUGAUCUGUCUAAAUUGGAUAUAAGGUAUGUCAUAGCUCAUGGGACUUAUGGGACUGUCUAUCGUGGCACUUAUGACAACCAAGAAGUUGCAGUGAAGCUGCUGGACUGGGGUGAGGAUGGUAUUGCCACAGCUGCUGAGACUGCUGCUCUUCGGGCAUCAUUUCAGCAAGAGGUUGCUGUUUGGUAUAAGCUUGACCAUCGUAAUGUUUCAAAAUUUGUUGGAGCCUCAAUGGGAACUUCAAACCUUAAGAUUCCUUCAAACAAUUCAGCUGAUGCUCCAAAUUCUCUUCCUUCUAGAGCAUGUUGUGUAGUUCUGGAGUAUCUCCCUGGCGGCACACUUAAACAAUACUUGAUAAGAAAUAGGAGGAAGAAACUUGCUUUUAAGGUUGUGAUCCAACUUGCUCUGGAUCUCUCUAGAGGUCUCAGCUAUCUACACUCAAAGAAGAUUGUACAUCGUGAUGUCAAAACUGAAAACAUGUUACUAGAUUCUCAAAGAACACUUAAAAUUGCUGAUUUUGGUGUUGCCCGUGUUGAAGCUCAGAAUCCAAGCGACAUGACUGGUGAAACUGGUACCCUUGGAUACAUGGCCCCAGAGGUGUGCCUUGUUAAAUCUUGAUUGGUUUUAGUGAAGAAGAAAUGGUUCUAUACUUGAGACAUUUUUUCAUCAAUCAAGAGUGAACUUGAAU